AUGACAAGAUCAACAGUGGUGUCACUGGCGACCUUCGCCCUUCUUUCUUACACCUCCGAUGCUGCCGCAGUGCACAAACGAGAUCUGGAGGCGCCCGUCGAAAUCGAAGGAGGAUGGGAGUACCAGGGCUGUUACCUCGACGUUGGCCGCACCAUCGACAAGGACGGCUUCCGCAAUGAUGAGAUGACCAACGAGAUGUGCGGCGAAUUCUGCUAUGAUCGAGGCUACAGUACCUUUGGUACAGAGUGGCAUCAGGAAUGUUUCUGUGGCGACAAGUUGGCCCCUGGUGCAUCAGAAGCUGACCCCAAUGACUGCGACACCGCCUGCUUGGGCGACGAAAACCAACCUUGCGGUGGAUCAAACCGGUUGAGUCUGUACAAGCGAAAAGGCCCGGAUAUAAACCCUGGCUGGAUGGAUUAUGAAGCAAUCGGCUGCUGGACAGAUUCCCCCGGUAAUAGGGCGCUGACCAACGAGGAGUACUCGAUCGAUCCCGACGAGAUGACUGUCAAAAAGUGCAUUGAGGGGUGCGCAACUCGCGGCUACAUCCUCGCGGGUGUCGAGUUCGGCGGAGAAUGCUUCUGCGGUAACACAAUUACCAACGACCAUGAGCUCGCCGAUGCCGAGGACUGCAGUUAUGCUUGCAAGGGCAACAGGACCGAGCUGUGCGGUGGCACAGGCCACAUCAACGUGUAUGACUUCAAGCUGCACGCAGCCUCGUCGGCGUCUUCGUCCUCCUCGUCUGCUUCCAGUGCUGAACCCACGGUAUGUCCUGGUCAACCCCAGAAUGUGCUUUCCUGGAGCUGGGCCGGGUGUUACACCGAUACUCCUGCGGCCCGCACUCUGAAUGCGAAUGCCAUGACAUCCUACCAGAUGACCCUUGAAAUGUGCGCCGAAAACUGCGCUGGGUACAAAUAUUUCGGCGUCGAGUACCAAUGGGAGUGUUAUUGCGGUAUGGAAUUCCACGGCAGCUCGACCCAACGUCCCGCAUCCGAGUGCAACAUGCUCUGCGGAGGUGCUCAGUGUGAUUUCUGUGGUGCAGGAGACCGUCUUUCUGUGUACGCUAUUGGCGAUGCACCUCCCACACCCUCUCUCGACCCGACCACCACGGACGACGCACCCUCGCAGAGCCCUACCGCCCCUGUGCCUACCGAUCUUCCCGACGGCUGGGACUACUAUGGCUGCUGGGUAGAUAUGGCGAAUGGCCGCAUCCUAAACACACAAACCCUCGACGACCCCCAGCUCACUCUUGCUUCUUGCGUAGCUGAGUGUGACCGCCGUGGAUACUCUAUCGCCGGUACUGAAUACUAUACUCAGUGUUUCUGCGGCAACGCUAUUUACAACGGCGGCGAGCUUGCCGAUAGUGAGUCCGAGUGCAACACUGCCUGCGGAGGAAACAACGACGAGUUCUGCGGAGGACCAAACAGGAUGAGUAUCUUCUCCCGUGGCGAGCCCAAGAUCUACCAGCCUCCCGCGGCGACGCAGAGGGUUGGUGACUGGGUCUAUGCUGGCUGCGUCACUGACACUGCGGGCCUUGCUCGAACCUUCCCAUGGCAACUUAUCUUCGAUGGCACCCUGACGCCCAAGAUCUGCACCGACGCCUGCGCUGAGUUCGGAUACGCUGCUGCCGGUCUCGAGUACGGCGUUGAGUGCUAUUGCGGUGACCCAGAGAACAUUGAAGUAAACGGCGCCAGCAUCGUGGACGACUCUGAGUGCGACAUGGGAUGCGCCGGUGACGGCGGCGCCAUGUGUGGCGGCCCUUCUCGCAUGACCACCUACUUCUGGGACGGCGACGAGCCUCUGUACUCUUGGGGGUUUCCCGAAGACGGCACAGCCGAGGCAGGCAGCUAUGAGUUCCUCAUUGGCGGCGUGGUUAUUCCCCUCAUGACCUCGCAAGCCAUCACCGGCAAGGUCACCUUCCUCGAGAAGUGGACGACUGGCCCUCCCAACUCGACGGGCGCGUACGAGCUUGACCUGACUGCCAUUGACAACUUUGAACUUGCUUGGCGAACAAUGAACGUGAAGACCGAUCUCUUCUGUGCCGCCGGUGUCACGCUUCCGGACAAGGCUGGUCGGCAGCUCACUGUCGGCGGCUGGUCAGGCGAGUCAACCUACGGUGUCCGUCUGUACACUCCCGAUGGCAGCGAUGGGGUUCAGGGCACCAACGACUGGGAGGAGGAUGUUGAUAUCCUGAGCCUUCAGGACGGUCGUUGGUACCCCUCCACACUCAACAUGGCCAAUGGUUCCAUUCUUGUGGUCGGUGGUGAGGAAGGUUCCAACGGUGCGCCUGUUCCUACUCUGGAGAUCCUCCCCUUCACUGGUGGUGCUCCGCUGUACAUGGAGUGGCUUGAGCGGACUGACCCCAACAACCUCUACCCCUUCCUGGCCGUCCUGCCAUCCAAGGGUAUCUUUGUCUCCUACUGGAACGAAGCGCGUAUCCUGGAUGAGAAGACCUUUGAGACCAUCAAGACUCUGCCCAACAUCCCCGGUGCGGUCAAUGAUCCCAUGGGUGGACGUACAUACCCUCUUGAGGGCACAUCUGUCCUGCUUCCUCAGAAGGCCCCGUACAAUGACCCUCUCGGUAUCCUCAUCUGUGGUGGCUCGACCGAGGGCAUCGCCAACGCUCUGGACAACUGCGUCACCAUCUAUCCCGAUGCCGCCGAGCCAGAAUGGGUCCUGGAGCGCAUGCCCUCGAAGCGUGUCAUGAGCUGCAUGGCCCCUCUGCCUGAUGGCACCUACUUGAUGAUGAACGGUGCCAUGCACGGCGUGGCUGGGUUCGGACUUGCGAGCAAUCCCAAUCUCAACGCGGUCCUCUACGACCCCGAGAAGCCGGUGGGCAGCCGGAUGACCGUCAUGGCCAAUACCACGGUGGCGCGCUUGUACCACUCCGAAGCCCUGACCCUCCUUGACGGACGUGUCCUUGUUUCCGGCUCGGAUCCUCAAGAUGGUGUCAACCCGCAAGAGUACCGCGUUGAAGUCUUCAACCCCCCUUACCUCUUGAGCGGCAAGCCUCGUCCCACGUUCACCAUUGAGAACACAGACUGGGAUUUUGAGGGAUCGUAUACGUUUACGCUUGGAUCGCCAGCCGUCAACGGUGCCAUCACCGCCACCCUCCUUGGCUCCGUCUCUAGCACCCACGGUAACUCCAUGGGUGCUCGCACACUCCUUCCCGCUGUCUCGUGCAGCGGCACCGACUGCACGGUCACCGCACCUCCUGGUCCCUACAUCUGUACGCCAGGGUGGUAUCAGUUCUUUGUUCUUGACGGCGGCAUUCCCGCUGUGGGUGUUUUCGUUCGCAUUGGUGGUGAUCCUGCCGAGCUGGGCAACUGGCCUGAAGGCGAAGGCUUCACUCGCCCUGGCAUAUAG